AUGGCGCGUAAAUCGACGCGAAUUGCAAAGAAAUCGAAUUCUGCCGGUGUCACCAAGAAAGCAAAUUCUGCGAGUGUCUCGAAGAAGGCAAAUUCUGCGAGUGUCUCAAAAGCAAAAUCUGCAAGUGUCUCGAAAAAAGGAAAUCAUGCGAAUGUCAAACAGGUCAACAAAAAUGAAACCGCUCCUACAACUGGGAGAAGAGGACGUAAAAGGAAAGUGGUGGAAGAAGCGGAAGCUACACCCAGUACAGCUGCGAAAACUCCAAGGCGCGGUCGUGUCGCGCAUGCCAAAGUGAAGCUAUCGUAUACCGAUUUUGUGACGUUGGAAGUAGGGCAAAGGGUGUUGUCCUGUGGUGAAGGUGAACAGCUUGGUCAUCCUGGUCGAACUACGACCAAGAAACCGAGAAAGGUUGACAUUGUUGAGGAUGAGGACUUACAAAUAGUUCAGGUACGUUUUAUCGCCAUUUCAAUGUUUUUUUAAUA